AUGGACAAACUCAAGGCGGCAAUUUUGAUCAUCUCAGAUACGGCAUCUGAAGAUCCUACAUCCGAUCGAGUUGUCGAUGCAUUAACCCCCAUCUUGGCCGCAGAAGGGAAGUGGGAACCCCCCGCAUUCAAGAUCGUCCCCGACGAUGUCUCCCUGAUCCAGCAAGCCCUGUGCGAGUGGACCGAUGGCCCCAAUUGGUAUAAUCUCGUUCUACUCAGUGGAGGAACAGGUUUCGCAGUCAAGGAUAACACUCCGGAAGUUGUUGCCAUGAUGGCAAGACCGGUGGCUGGUGUCCGUGAUAAGAGUUUGAUCAUCACCUUGCCUGGAUCACCAAAGGGUGCAACGGAGAAUCUGGAGGCUGUGGUGAAGCUCCUGCCGCAUGCCUGUCUACAGGCUGCGGGUGCCAAUUCACGGAAUCUCCAUGCUGGAGGUGUGAGGAAGCUUGAAACAGAGGCUGGUGUUGGUGGCAGCCAACACUCUCAUCAUCACCAUCACCAUCACCACCACCACCACCAUGAUCAUGGACAUGGCCACAAAGUCCCCAAAGCGCACACUGCGCCAUCGGACAGGCCACAGUCCAACGAUCCUAACGCAGGACCUAACCGGCGCUAUCGCUCCUCACCUUAUCCGAUGCUGUCCGUAGAUGAGGCACUUCAGCAGAUCAACGAGCAGACUCCCGAGCCUGAAGUGGUUGAAGUUCCUGUAACCACCUCUUUAAUAGGCUCGGUGAUUGCGGAAGACGUCUGCGCCGCGGAAUCAGUCCCGGCAUAUCGCGCUAGCAUCGUCGAUGGGUACGCAGUCAUUGCUCCAGACUCCAAGACUAGUGGCCAGUCUACCAAGGGCAUCUUCCCCGUAGCGUCCAUCACCCAUGCCAAUGUCGGUGGAAACCUAGAGCCCCUGCAGCCAGGCACUAUUGCCAGAAUCACCACUGGUGCCCCUCUUCCCCCGAACGCAAAUGCCGUCGUCAUGGUUGAAGACACAACCCUGGCCUCAUGCACCCCCGACGGCAAAGAGGAAGCGACAGUCGAGAUUCUCACCGACGAGGUCAAGCCCGGUGAGAACGUUCGCGAACCCGGCAGCGAUGUCACACUUGGCUCCAAGAUCCUUGUCCGCGGCGACUUGAUCACCCCCGUCGGUGGAGAGAUCGGCCUCCUAGCCUCAACAGGCACCAAGACCGUCAAGGUCUUCCGCAAGCCGCGCGUAGGCGUCCUGAGCACAGGCGACGAACUCGUAGAACACGACGACCCCAGGGCUCUUACAGGCGGUCAGAUCCGUGACUCCAACCGCCCAUCACUCAUCUCCUGUCUGAAAUCCUGGGGCUUCGAGACCAUCGAUCUAGGCAUCGCACGCGACACACCAGCCAGCGAACUCGAGCUUGCCCUCCGCGACUCUCUCCGCGGUGUCGGCCGUGCCUCAACCAGCGUUGACGUGAUAAUCACAACAGGUGGUGUGUCAAUGGGUGAGCUGGACCUCUUGAAACCAACCAUCGAACGAUCCCUCGGCGGUACAAUUCACUUCGGUCGUGUUUCCAUGAAACCAGGCAAGCCAACCACUUUCGCUACAAUCCCAUUCAAACCCACCGGUGAUCAAACCCAGCAAGAACGCCAAUCGAAACUCAUCUUCUCGCUGCCUGGUAACCCGGCUUCGGCACUGGUUACUUUGAAUCUGUUCGUUCUUCCUUCGCUGCACAAACUCUCGGGCUUGGGCCAUAGUUCGCAAAGCUUGGCUUCUAAGCCUUGGCUUGCGCCGCAGCUGGGUCUUCCGCUCGUUGCUGUUGUUUUGAAUCAUGCUUUCCCGCUUGAUGCGAAGCGCACGGAAUAUCACCGUGCCGUGGUCACGGCGUCGAGAUCGGAUGGCCGGUUGUAUGCUACUAGUACGGGAGUUGAGGGUGCUGGGCAGAGAUCUUCCAAGGUGGGAAGUCUUGCUAAAGCUAAUGCACUGGUGGUGCUGCGGCCUGGGAGUGGAGUUGCUGGUAAAGGGGACAUUUUUGAGGCUUUGAUGAUGGGAAAUGUCCAUGGUUCCAAUUAG